CAAGAUGAAGCAUGGUGUCGCCUUUCGAAAGUUCUCUCGGCCGACGGCACAUAGAAAUCUUAUGCUGAGAAACCUGGUGACCUCGCUAUUCGAGCACGAACAAAUCAAGACCACUCUCCCAAAAGCCAGGGACACGGCGAGGCUGGCCGAAAAGAUCAUCACCCUUGGCAAGAAGGGCGGACUGCCAGCGUACCGACGCGCUUCCGCAUUUCUCCUAAAGCCACAACUUACUCCGAAACUUUUCACCGAUUUCGCGAAGCGCUAUGCCGAACGUCCUGGAGGUUACACUCGGAUACACAAGUACGGCAACCGACCAGGGGACAACGCCCCAAUGGCCGUCCUCGAACUCGUGGACAAUCCGCGCGACCUGAAGUUUGCGAUGACAGCGCGUGCAACCGGCUGGGAGCUCUUGGCCAGGACUAUUGGUGAGAGGAAAAGGCAGGGGGAUGGCAUGUUAGGAGUGGUGAAUGAGGGUGUCGGCGACUUGCAGCAGAUUGUGGAAACAGAGAAGGACAUCCCGUUCGGCAAGCAAGGCGGAUUGCUCAAGGGGAAGACGAGAUGGAACUUACAGAAGGCUUUACGCUUCCGAGACAAGACCGCGAUCACCCAGUUCAGCCAGGAGGCGAAAGACUACACGGAUUCUCUGCUUACUCGCCCGGUCAGCCAACUCACUCCGAAAUCUGAUUCUGAAGACGUUACGACCACCGACCCGACGGUUGGAGCCUUCAGAGAUCUGCACAUAUCGGAUAUAGUCUCAUGGGAGCAGGGAAAGAAAGAUCGACUGUGGUUCGGUGGCGCUCCUCGAAAGGCGGGUGCUAUUGCACCCGGCGAAACGGGACAAGUGCUUGAGCUGGCGAAGGGCGCACUCGCGCAGCCUCCGAAGUGGUUACGGAGGUCAAAGCUCGGCGUGGAUACGCGACCGGUGUUUGAUUGACGCAAUACCGAUUAUGCUUGUACAGCUCCCUUGAGUACGCUUCAAUUCCCCCCCUAAUCUGCAAUUUUCGUCCUCGGGUUCAAAAUUUGGCGGCUGCUUCAAGGUCAUCUGCAUUCAACCAGUCGGCGCCGUCAUUCAGCAACUCUCGCCAAACAGCGUCGCGGGCGUGGAUUGGCCAUCCAGGUGUGUCCCAGAACCUUGCCCGGAUGCCUCGAACAUGAGCAUCGCCAACAAAUCGCGUGAUAUUGGCGCGCUGCGCAUCGCUGAUGUUUCCGAUGCCGCUCCAGCCUACAGCAUCUUCGUAGUCGGUGCUGGCGACGGGAGACAAGGUAAUAUCCCAGGUCGUGUUCAGUGACGGGUCGGUAAGCUGGGUUAACGGCGCAUCGAAGAAGUAAUCGCGGGGUUCGAGUGCUUUCACCUGUUCCAGCGGCGAGUUGCCCGUGCCGACGACGACGAGAGCGGACGGUGUCAAGGUGCCAUUGGUAAAAGUGGUCAGGAAGCCGGCUUGCCGCAGUGGUUCGAGCUCUUUGAGAACGAAGGGCAGUGUCCUGCAGAGGUUAUACUAUGAGAUCAAAAUUCUCAGUCGGGUGGAGAUGACAAACUCGACACCGUCGGUCUUGAUGUCCACUAAGAGCUGCAAAGGGGUGCUGCUUGAUGUAUCAAAGGGACCACUUAAGGGGAGAGGGGAGACGGCG